GGAAAAUAUACCAACAGUUCCAGUUUGUCUUCAGUUUCAAAUUCCGAGAUUUAAACAGUAUUGACUGUCGAAUAAACCUGAAGGAACUGAUUCUGGAUCAGUAUCCUUACUUUGGGAAUAUCCUGAGAGAAGUCUUGAAGAACCCAGAGGGAUUGCUGUUUAUAUUCGAUGGUUUAGAUGAAUUCAAACACAAAAUCGAUUUUGCGGACAGUCGGAGAGAUACAGAACCAAAGCACCAGUGCCCAGAUCCCGAGUGGUGGUGUGAAGUGUCGGACAUUGUGUACAGUUUAAUCCAGGGCAAGCUGCUCCCAGGGUGUUCAGUUCUGGUGACCACUCGCCCCACUGCAUUACAUUUAUUGGAAAAGGCGAAUAUCAGUGUCCGGGCUGAAAUCCUGGGAUUUGUUGGUGAGGAACGGAAGGAAUAUUUCAUCAGACAUUUUGAAGAUCAGACGGUGGCCGAAGCUGUUUUCAAUUAUGUGAAGGAGAACGAGAUCCUGUACACCAUGAGCUACAACCCCUCCUACUGCUGGAUCCUCGCUCUGGCACUAGGCCCCUUCUUCACACAAAGAGUCAGGGACCCACAGCGAGUUCCCAAGACCAUCACCCAACUGUACUCCUACUAUAUUUACAACAUCCUGAAAAACCACGGCCGUGAGAUUGAGAGACCCCGUGAUGUGUUACUCAGGGUUGGUCAGAUGGCCUUCAGAGGAGUGUCCGGGAAGAAGAUUGUGUUUACAGAUGGAGAUUUGAUCAAGUACAAUCUUCAGCCUUCCCAGUUCCUGUCCGGGUUCCUGAUGGAGCUUUUGGAGAGAGAGGAUUCUGCCCAGAGCGUGGUGUACACAUUCCCACACCUCACCAUCCAAGAGUUUGUAGCUGCAGUCGCACAAUUCCUGAAUCCACAUCCCGGGGAUAUCCUGAAAUUCCUCACUGAAGCCCACAACACGACAGAUGGGCGAUUUGAGAUAUUUCUCCGUUUUGUUGCUGGUCUCUCCUCUCCAAUGACAGCUCGGGGCCUGGUGGAGUUUCUGGGUCCAUUUCCUCAUGAAACAACCUGCCGGGUGAUUGACUGGGUGAAGGAGGAGGUUAAACGUCAGAUUGGAAACACAGGGAUAACAGCUGGUAAAAGGAGCCUCCUGAACACAUUGCACUACCUGUUUGAGUCUCAGAAUCGUGGACUGGCUCAGGAAACACUGGGAUCUGUGGAAACACUUUCAUUCAGUGGAAUGACAUUGACCCCGAUUGACUGUGCGGUCCUGUCUCAUGCCAUCGGACUCUGUGAUACAAUAAAACACCUCGACCUGGGGAACUGCCGCAUUGAGUGUGAGGGAAUCCAGCGGCUGGGACCCGGGCUGCACAAGUGCCAGGAGUUGAGACUGAACAAUAAUAAACUGGGGGAUUCAGGAGUGAAACUGGUGUCUGCGGCUCUGAGGAACCCGGAGUGUAAAAUACAGAGACUGGGGCUGUGGGAUGUCGGUCUCACAGAUUCUGGUGUCGAGGAUCUCGUCUCCGCUCUCAGUACAAACCCAUCACUGACGGAUCUGGACCUGGGAUCAAACUCUCUGACAGACCGAUCUGUCCCCGCUCUCCGCCGCCUCAUACUGACCCUCCCGAGUCUGAAGUGGAUCCGGCUGUGGUGGAAUCGGUUCAGUGAGACCGGGAUGAAGGAACUGAGAUCUCUACAGGAACCCAGACCCGGACUGAUGGUGGAUCUGUGAACAUCUGAAUGUGGUGAAUCGGUUCAGUGAGACCGGGAGGAAGGAACUGAGAUCUCUACAGGAACCCAGACCCGGACUGAUGGUGGAUCUGUGAACAUCUGAAUGUGGUGAAUCGGUUCAGUGAGACCGGGGGGAAGGAACUGAGAUCUCUACAGGAACCCAGACCCGGACUGAUGGUGGAUCUGAGGACAUUUAGCCUUUAACCUUGAUCUUACCAGGAACCCAGACCCGGACUGAUGGUGGAUCUGAAUGUGUGAACAUCCCCGCCCGCGGGAUGGGGACAUUUGGCCGACUCCCCGCCCUCCCCUUUAACUCCCGCCCUUACCUUUAACGGCCGCGCGCCGGGGCUGAUUCCCAACGGUUUUAACGGAACCGGCACGGGCCUCGCGCUGUGUGCGUCGCUCGCAGCGGUCCCGCAGUGACGUGUUUCCGCCUGUUGUCCGGCGGGGCAGCUUCCGCCGGAAGUGCGUGUUGGAGACUCCCCACGUGACUCCCCGGGGAAUUACCCGGACAGGAAGAGCCCGGGGUCCGGGGCUCAGUCUGGGACACCGGUGUCCCGGGGUGGGGGGGGAUGGUCCCGGGAGAGAAUCCUUUUGCCCCCUUUGCUGAGGACGGUGCAUUCGGCAGCCUGGCCGAUAUAAUGAUGUUAAAUGGACAAAUCCCUCGGCAGUGACCCUGGAUCUGCAGCGAUCCCGGACACGGCCCUGAAGUGUGAUUUUAUAAUCAGUUUUAUAAUUUUAUAAUCAGUUCCCCGAUGCAGAGUGACGGUGAGAAACGGGACUGGUUAUUAUUCAACCGGUCACCCCUUGUCGCUGGUCAGUUAAUUGUGUGUGACUGUCAGCAGAUUAUUUAUUCCCGCACGUUAGCAGCUCACACAUUGUUUCAUUGAUAUUUCUCAUAAAAAAUCAAUAAACCAAUGUAUCUUCCUGUCUUGUGUCGGACUCGAGUUUUAUUUGAAGUUUCUAUUGCCCUCCACACCCUGUGCACUGCAACAGUGGGUCGGAGCUCCUCACACUGACACAGUAGCGUCUCAGCUCCAGGCUGAGGGAGGUUCGACAAGCAGAGUCUUGGAGCCCCGGAUCUCAUCUCCACCAAAGCCCAUUUCUGGCAAAUUGACCCCCGCAGUUAAAAUCGACGUGAA